AUGAAUUUAGCAUUAAAUAAGCAGAUAUCGUGUCCCCACGGGACAGUCCCUCUGGACGGCCUAAGUCUUUGUCGUGUACCUACUCCCCAUUUUCCAUUCCCCGAGAUGAGCCUUCAGGCAAACGCUGUUCAAAACGAGCGUCAACCACGCAACACAGCCACCAUCAGACCUGAAACCCUGAGAGACAUGGACCAGGAGAGAGCUCUGCGUGAAGCAGCCGUCGCUGUCGGUGUAUUUGGCCCUCCAGUAUCGCUGGCAAUGGCACUCUCACCAGCACGGUACCCACUACUAUCACCCCAUUACCCAGCCUUGCCCCCACCACCGCCUAUUCAGCCAGACUCCGUUCAUGACACUCAUGAUGAAGGGAAUGCUCACUCUGAUAGUGAUGAUGACAGCAUUGAUGUGACAAAUGAAGAGGAUUCCACAUCAUACUCACCCCCAGCUAUAAGCUACCCACAGAAUUGCAUGCCUUAUGGUGCGUUGGGCGUAGAGAGCGCUGCGGAGACGGCAGCUCGUCUCUUAUUUAUGGCUGUUAAGUGGGCGAAGAACUUGCCGUCAUUCGCCAGUCUCUCAUUCAGAGAUCAGGUUAUUUUAUUAGAAGAAGCGUGGUCCGAGUUGUUUCUUCUAAACGCCAUACAAUGGUGUCUGCCUUUGGACGCGGCCGCUGCAGCCUUAUUUGGGACCGAACAGACCGACCAAGACAGCGGUAUUAGUUCAUCAACCCGUCGUCGCUUGAGGGAAGUGCUAUGUCGGUACCGCGCCGUUCUCCUGGACCCAGCCGAAUUCGCAUGUAUGAAGGCUAUUGUGCUUUUCAAAUGCGAAACACGAGGUCUCAAAGACCCUUUACAAAUCGAGAACCUCCAAGACCAGGCCCAAGUGAUGCUAAUGUCUCACACGCGAAAUGCUCAUGGGGCCGCCCCUGCCCGUUUCGGCAGACUCCUGUUACUCCUGCCUCUUCUCAGAUCUGUCACUCCUAUGCAGUUGGAAAGGGAGUUCUUCACUAAGACCAUUGGCCAGACGCCAAUGGAGAAGGUUUUGGCGGAUAUGUAUAAGAAUUAA